GAAACUUUCUUAGCUACCAAGCAUAGAACCAAUCUGGCUAUAUAACUGUCAAUCUUCUAAUUCAGCUGCACAAAUAUAUCUUCACUAGUCUACGAUGCCGACUUUUGAAACCGACUCCGAGGAUGAAAGAGCCCCAGUCGAAAAGCUGUUUGGCCGCGAACGGCCAAUACACGAUGUACUUGGAGGAGGCAAAGUGGCAGAUGUGUUGUUAUGGAGAGACAAAAGGGUAUCAGCUACACUUCUAACUGGGAUUUCAGUGAUAUGGUUUCUUUUUGAGGUUGUGGAAUAUAAUAUGGUGACCCUCCUGUGUCACAUCUUCAUCACCACAAUGCUGCUUAUCUUUAUUUGGUCUGCAGGGGCUGAUAUUUUCAAAUGGACUCCUCCUGACAUUCCAAACACUAUUUUACGUGAGUCCACUUUCAAAGAAGCUGUGUCAACCUUCCAUGCAAAAUUAAACGAGUUCCUCUCAAAGUUCCUCUACAUUGCAUGCGGAAAUGAUCCAAAAAACUUCUUUCUGGCCAUUAUUUCCUUCUCAAUUCUGUCGAUGAUCGGGAACUAUAUCAGUUCCUUGAAUCUUCUGUUUUUCGGCCUUCUCUGCAUGGAAACUUUACCAUUCUUGUACGAACGAUAUGAGGAAGAAGUUGAUUAUCUUGCUGGCAGAGUAACUAGAAGGGUGAGGAAAGUGUACAAGAAGGUAGAUACAAAAGUUCUUGAAAAGAUUCCAAGAGGGCCUGUGAAAGAGAAGAAAUCCAAGAAGUUCUAAGCAUGCAUGUACUUCGAUGGAUUUUGCUGUUCUUUUGUUGGAAAUUUACCUUAUCUUGAAUAUAUAUGUACAGAUAAGAUUUUAAAAAAAAGUUUGUAAGAAAUGGAACAGUUGUAUACUGUGGAAUAAAGAGAAAGAUAGGUUCCAAUGGGGACACACGAAAAAAUGUGAACAAAUACAACUUAACAAAACUUUGUCCCAA